UAUAAAUGGCUUUUGUAUAUUAAGCAGAAAGAAAUAUGCUGAAUAAACCUUCUGGAGCACCUCCAAAUGUAAAAAUGAUUUAACUGAAAUAGGUUGGUCCCGGUAGUUACCUUUCUCAUGAAUAGUUCAGGAUAAAAUAGGGGAAUGCUCCAUUCGAUACACAAGUUACAAGAACUCAAUAAUUGAGAUAAGAUAAUUCUCCUGGACCUGGGAGUUAUAAUAUCUUUAAUGAAGUGCAAGGGUACAUUUCCUUCAUCAAUUUUCAUCUUAGACAAAACAUAGUGCUGCAAUCCUCUUAAUCUGAUGUAAAGGUUGUUGAGAAACCUCAACCUCAAUCAGUAUUCGCAUCCUAAACUAAGCGAUUCCAUCACCCUAAAACAAUGCUUUCACCUGGGUAUUUGCUUAUUUUUAAAGGGAUUUCAGUCCAGGAACAUAUGAUACAAACAAUAGUGGGACUAAAGUUAUUCAACAAUAAUAUACAUCUCAACAUUACAUUGAAACCAUAAUGAAAUUGAAUAAAUAUCAAUCAAUACCAUCUAUACCUUCAUCAAAUUAAGGAUAUGGAUACAUGGAGAAAGGAAGUAAUAGUUAUUAUUUUAAAGAGAUUAGCUCAUGACUUGGAGGUAAACAAAUUUCCAUUCCCAUAAUUUACAGGUCUUAAAUAAGAUUCAGUUGGUCCAGGUCAAUAUGAUGUGAAGGAUGCCUUUGAAUAAAAUAAGUACAAAGGAAGUUUUUGGCACAAAUCUAAGGCCCCAAGAUUAGCACCCACUAUCUCAAAGGAAAGAGAACUUAUGGUUGGACCUGGAACCUAUGAUCCAAACACAUCUGUAGUACCAUUGCAUAAGUUAAAUCCAUCUGGAAAUUUCCAAUCGAAAUCUCAAAGAAUGUUUGAUUCUACUAAAGAAGAGAAGUAAAAAUAGUUUAUGAAAAUCUUCUUUGAUAAGUAAAAAGAUAUGAUCUAAAAGAAAGGACCCAAUUAUAUAGAAGAUGAUGAAUAUGUUUUUUGUGAUGUACGCCAUUUUAUUAUGUAUUCAAAGGAUACCACACCAGGACCUGGAUAAUAUUUAGGAAACACCUCGAAUCAAUCAGCUAUUUCAACCAAUACUUAAUCUUAAUCUACAACUAAGAUGGGAAAAAACUGUUUUGGAUCUAAAAGUAGAAGAUUUCAAGAGAAAAAAAUGCCUUGUUAUGUCGGUCCUGGAGAUUAUGAAUUGGAAAAAGAUUUCAUAAAAGAGGCUAUAUCUUCAAAGCAAACUCCUUUUCAAUCCACGAAUUUACGUUUUGAAGCUAAAGGCUAAGAGAAACGCCCAGGACCACAAGCAUAUAACCCAAAAAUAACUGUAAUUCUUAUUAUCAUCUAGUUAGUUAGAAGAUAAAUUGAUAAAGAAAUUAGAGAGAGCCCCAAUUGGAAAUUUUGGAUCAAAUUAAUAGAGAUUUAAACCAUAAGAAGACGAAGUGCCAGGCCCAGGAGCAUAUGAUUAACACAAAAAGGAAGUUAAAACAAUUGCAUCAGUGUUUACUUCAAAAACAAAAAGAGGAGAUGCAGCACCUGUUUCUAAGGAUCAUUUCCCUGCUCCGGGUGCAUAUGAUGUCAAAAAUUACACGAUAGAACAAAUGACAAAAAUUGAAAAGGAAGAAGAUCCUGAUUUGGCCAUAUAUAAACCAGCUUUUGGAUCGUCGAUACCUCGAUUCAUGCAUAAAGAAAAGAAACCAAUAGAUGAGGUUGAGGAAGAACAAGAGGAUGAAUAAAUUAGAAUGCACAAUAGUUCGUCCUUGUUUUAGAAAAAAAAGUAUCCUCAUCCUCCUUUUAAUAUUAAAGUAAUAUAUUUAGUGAUGAUUAAUUAGGAAAAUAGAUUUAAUUAUGAUAAAAAAAAAGAUGAUAACUAACCUGGUCCAGGUGAGUAUUUUGAUCCAAAAGAAAAUGGCUGGAAUAAAUCUACUUUUAAUAUUUUAUUUUAAGAAAUCUGA